AUGGCAACUAGACAACUGACAGGUUCAGCCUCAGUAAUUUCUUGGUUGAGUGGCUUGGGACAUUGCAUGUCACACUCCUUUGUAUUGUGCCAUGAGACUGCCCUUGCACAGAUGAAUAUAUCCAAUGAUUCUGCUAUUCCUCCAGGCUUUGUUAGUGAUGUUCCAACUACUCUUGCAUGGGAUAAUGAUGAUUUCUCAGAAGAAACUAGUUCUGGCAAAGGGACAACUCACAUAACCGGGGGCAUUAUCAUUCAAAGGGAGCAAAGUACAAGUACUUUGUUACAGAGACGAUAUAGCAUUCCCAGGCAUUCCCAGGUCAAGAUCCCUCCUAGCACCAUCAAAAGACAUUAAUCCUUAUUUUCUUCGAAAAAGAAAAACUGUUAAUUUAAACGAUGCCAUGCAAAAUAAGGAAAUCGAGGAAGAACAUCAUAUAUUACCUCAGAUUGAUGCUAAGAAGAAAGACCUUGCAUUCUGUCUAUGUAGAUAUCUUGGUAGGAGCAGUGCAAUUCCAAAUUGGACAGGAUUUAACACCAGACUAGCUGUCAAUAGAAACAUACCUACCCAGUCAAAACUUGGGUAUCUACCUGUAAUUGAUGCUUCCCCUACAGAACUGUCAACAGUAAACGAAAUAUUGAAUCGGAACGAGGAAAUUGCCAACAAACUGGACUUAAAGUAUAUGUGCUUGGUUUUUGAUGAGGCCAUUUAUGCCAAAAUUCAACAAAUAAGAUGGAAGGAAGAAAGAUACCUCAGCCGAUUUGUUGUCCGACUUGGAGAUUUCCACAUGGCAAUGUCAUUCUGUGGAGCUAUAUCAAAAUUCUUCAAAGAUGCUGGAUUACAGGUAUAGUAUUUUUGAUAUCUUUAUUUUUUCCAAGUAGGGCUGACCAAAAAAUAAUGUUAGCCCUCUAAGUGGCAAUGCACCCUAAUGCGCCCUGCUUUAGCUAGUAUUUUACUCUGUCUAAUGCCAGACGAUCUUAUUUGUCAAGUGGAGAGUGCUGCCACUCAAUGGGUUAAAUUAUCAAUCAUUCUUUAAUAGGACAUUCUCAUUGAGUCUGAAGUUGUAGCAGCUGGAUCCAUUAAUGGAGUAAUGUCUGGCAAGCAUUACAACAGAAGUGUUAGGUCACACAAAGUUGUCUACGAGGCAUUGGUCAGACUGUUGUUUCAGCAAUACCUUGAGUCACUUACACCAGCUGAAAGGGAUGAAACAGUUACUUUGAUUGGUGAGUUUCAAAUUUAGAUGUUUAUUCAUACAGUGAGGAAGUUUUAAAACAAUGUCAAAUUACUUUGCCUUUUAAUUUUUAAUGUUUAUGUUUGAUGUAAAAUACGUAUGAACAACAAGAGCGAUUGUUUCACCAGGAUAUCCAAACACGAGAAAACAAUGUGUGAAAACCAGAACGCCUAGGGCGAGUGUUUUUGUUAAUUGUUUUCGAGUGUUUGGAUGGGACACAGGUGGGACACAAGCUCGAAUUGUUUAUAUGGCUUCUCAAAUGAAAUGAGUUGAGAUGUAACAGAAUGUUUUCGCUUGCUGAUUUGAAUAAAAUUAUUAACCAAGCAUUAGUAAUUCUAUUCCAGUAAUUUUGCAUGCGUAAUUAAGAUAUUUGAUGAAAACACUAGUGACUUUCAUCAAGUUUCACCAGGUUAUCUAAAUGACAUUUCAUAAUCUUGUGAUCAAACAAAUACGUGAUUAUCAUUGCCAUUGGCUGAAUUGCUCAUCAAUUAUUAAUGAUUUGUAAUCUCAAACUAAAUAACAUUGCUCAAAUAGGAAUUAGGUGCCUUCGAACUGUAAAUAUAAAUAUUCAUUUUGCAUUACAGAAAACUUAGCUGAGACAUUCCCAAGUGAAGAUUACCUACCACAAGUGAUGUCAGAGAAUUUUGGAAAACUGGAGAUGGCUGUUGCCAUGUUUUCUAAAUCAGAGGCGGAGAAAAAACCAACAUUUGCUCUCUGGCUUAAUUACAUUCAAAUGGUAGAAGUUCUUUUAAUGUUCUUACGAGCAACAAGAGAAAACGACUGGGAUCUACAUCUCUCAGCAGUUAGAUCAAUGCUACCAUGGUUUUUCGCAACUGACAGAGUUCACUAUGCUAGAUAUGGUACAGCAUACUGGUUGGAAAUGCUAUGUAUUGAAACAUCACAUCCAGGUAAGACAUAUACUGUAUUUUAGAUUGUUAUCAAAGGUGCUGCAGUAAAAUGUAAACCCUCGAUGUUUGGAGCAAUUUUUUCCAAUGUUUGAAAGGUAGUUUUCUGACCAAUUUUUUAGGGGUGACCGAUGAUAUUAUAAAAAACUGGACAUGUCAGCGUCAGACAACACAUGAUUUUUCGUCAACUGCAUGUGACCAGGUGAUGGAACAGACCUAUAAUCGUGAUUCAAACGUGAGAGGCGGUUUGGUUGGAUUUACUCUGAAUCGGGGUGCAGUGCACAGAUGGAUAAUGUCACAGGCUGACCGUGGUGCCAUAACAAGACAGUGUCUCACAAUGGCAGAUAAUUCAUCACAUACCAGGUAACUAGUUUGUCUUAAAAUGUAAAAAUGCUGCAUUGCUGUACUUUGACAUUUUGGACAAUACAAAGCUUCACUUGCCCACCAUUUUAAAAAUAUUGUACAGUAGAUUACAUGACCCCAUGUUUUUUACAUCAAAACAGAUUACAGACAAUAGAUUUGCUAAGUAUACAGGUAUACUAUACAGUCAGCUAAGGAUUUUUAUGGCCGCUGGUAAUCCUGGAAAACACUGGAUUUUUAUGUUAUAACUGGUUGCUUAUAGGUUUAAUUUUCCAUUGCAGAUCACGUAAAGACAUGGAUGAGACACAAAUUAAGUACCAUGAACAUGAAGUGGCAAAUGUUGUGGAAGUUAUCACGAACAUGAGCAAUCCUUUUGAAGUAGAAGACAGCAUGGUUAAUAUCGCCAGUGGAAAGGUGGCUCCUGCAAAUGUUUCGAAUGACAUGAUCUCGGCAAAAGAUAUAGGAGAACAGAAAUGUAAGACCUUUAUGUCAGAACAGUUAUUAACAAGUGAACCAGAUCUGUUUGCAACGCUUAAAGCAACAAAGCUGAACACAUUCUCAACAAUGGAAAGAAAAACUAAAGUAAAGACCAGUAAAGGACAAAUUGUUGAGUUGAAGAAUGACCUUAAGUUUGUAUCACGGUUGCUUGCAGUGGGCAAAUCAAGAAACAUUGACAUGAAAGACGUUCUCACCUAUAGUCUUCGAAAAUUCCCAUCACCUAUUGCAACUGUUGAUGGAAAGCUUGUCAAAACACCCAAAUCCAAGUUAAUGCAUGUUCUCGAGAGUCGUGUAGAAGAUCCAGCAAUCGAACAUGUACCAUCUAAUAAUGCUUUGAUAUUGGAUGGAAUGGCUCUUAUCCAGAUGAUGAAACACAUCCCUGAUACCUUUGGGAAGUUG